UUACAAUUGAAUAUCGAAACAAAGUGAAAGAUUUGCUCUUAGCCAGCUUCGAGACGAUGUGCAGAGCUGCUACCCUACUCAGGCCCCUUUACUAUUGAUAUCGAUAGUCUCGUCUCAAGGUAGCACUCCCGCCCCUCAGCGAUCCGCGCCACGCUCACGAACAUCCCUGGCCCCGUCCAAAUUUUCGACUCAUCAGAAUUCGACGCGUUCUACCUCCUUUCUCGCGUCAAACCACACCUGCAUUCCUAUAUCCCUCCGCAAAUCCCAUAGACUGUAAUACCUCAACCCAAUUGCGCGCAAAUGUCAAGUUCAGAGGCUUCAAAGAAGCGCGGGCGGCCGAAGAAGGUGGUGGAGGACCUGGUGGAAACGGCAGUAGAUGUUAAAAAGAAUAGUACGAGGAAGGCGAGUACGAAGGCGGCGAAGACAGCGAAGGAGGAAGGGAAGGUAGAGAAGGCGACGAAGAGCACCAAGAGCUCAACAGCGAAAGGCGCAAAGAAUGCGGGUGGGAGGGCGAAAGCACAAGAGGUGAAGAGUACAGUGGCAGAGGCUGCGAAGUCAGAGAAAGAGGAGGCAAGGGGUGCAACAAGAAGCACGAAACAGGCGAUUCCGAUUACGUCGUCAUCGAGCAAGAUACUACAGGAGGUUGCCGCGAAAGGGACGUUGAGGGCGGGAAAUUCUUCAACUACGAAGAGCGCGCCAUCGCAAACUCAACCGCAGUCCUCGUUACCCUCAAAACCACCACCACCAGCAGUUCCAUCAACAACUUCACCAACAACUCAGGCUUCUCCAGCGAAGUCUACACCCAAGAUUCCGGCCUCACCAACCCCCGCAACACCCUCGUUGAAAUUUACCCCUCCUAUAACCCGCGCUCGCGCAACUACUGUCCCCAUCCCUACUAGGCCUCUCAACCCACAGACACCUCCUACAACAACAACAGCCGCCCCAAAACCUCCCCCCUAUAAAUCCACGCUUCCUCCACCUCCCGAGCCCUCUACACUCCCUAACAUGACCCCCGAAUACCUUGAAGGAGGCAAAUUGCCACCAAAGUACAGGUCGGCGGGACGACGAGUAUCAGCUAUUAUAGUUGGGGUACCGAUUAUAGUGGUUACGAGUUAUGAGCUGUAUCAGCGAUUUUUCCUCGGCAAAGAUAUGUCACAGAUGUACGCUUCGUUACGUGAACAAAGAGAAGAACUCACGAAGAACCUGCCCUCGUUCUCAAUGUCCGAGCCCUCUACGACCGAGGCUUUAGCACCCGUCUCUCCACCCACCCCCGAAUCCCCGCCAGAAUCUGGAGUCGAGAAGAGCUCGUAGGGGGCCAUUUCCGGUUACCUUCCUAUUCCCACAUUUCCAGAGGCCGCAGGGCGGUCUUUCCGAGUGUAUAAUGCGGCUCUAAAUAACGUAGGGGAACUUGCCACAUGAGCAGGAAAAGACAUGCAGCUGCCAUGAUGCUGAAUGUACCGUCCCAGUGUUUAAAUAAUGUAUCACGAAAGUAAUGGAAAGAAAAGUCGGAUGUCUGUUCUGUAAUUGUGGCUCAUAAA